CAUCGAUCAAAUCCCCUCUACUAACUUCUAUCUCAUCUCCAUUUCGCAGCGCUUUCUUUUCCCCUCUCGCUUUGUCUCUGCCAAAUUUCUUGCUCAGAUUUCUCCGAUUUAGGGUUUCUUCUUCAGUUGACUACACAUUCGAAACCCUAAUUCGGAUAAGCUCUGAGCUUUGUGAUUAGAACCUAAAAGAAGCUCCAUUUGUAGUCCUCCACUUUCAACAACCAAGGUUCAUGUCUGAACUCGACAUCCAGAUUCCUACUACCUUCGAUCCCUUUGCAGAGGCAAAUGCUGAGGACUCGGGCGCUGGGUCAAAGGAGUACGUGCAUGUGCGUAUACAGCAGAGAAAUGGUCGGAAAAGCCUGACAACAGUGCAAGGUUUGAGGAAGGAAUUCAGUUACAACAAAAUACUUAAGGAUCUGAAGAAGGAAUUUUGCUGCAAUGGUACUGUUGUCCAGGACCCAGAGCUAGGCCAAGUUAUUCAACUUCAAGGUGAUCAGCGGAAGAAUGUUUCGACGUUCCUCGUUCAGGCCAGAAUUGUGAAGAAGGAACAUAUCAAGAUUCAUGGUUUUUGAACAGCAGAACACCAGUCCCUGCAUGAUCUUACCUUACGCAUGUCAGCAGAGAACAUCUUAUUGGACUUUCUGAAACAAUCUUACUACAUACGUAUGUUGUCUUCCUCUAUAGUUUAUUUUAUGAUAUGAUGACUAGGUACUCCUGUGGCUUUUAGAUUUCUUGGUUCUGCAUUCUGGUGCAUGUCUUGUAAUGUAGAACAAAUAUGGUGAAUUACUCUUGGGCCGUAACUUUUAUUCGGAAUAAAAAGGAAACGCAGCUGUUGUUUUUCUCC